AUGAUAUCUAUGCCAUUCACUGUAUCAAUUGAUAAUACUCGAAUAAUUGAACCAACAAAUAGUGAUGAAAAAUAUACUGUCUAUCAAAUAACUGUACGUGGUGGUACAAAUCAUAUAUCACAUACAAUUGAUCGUCGUUAUCGUGAAUUUGAAGCAUUACAUACACGUUUAUCAUCAAGUUUAUCUGUACCACAAUUACCACGUAAAGUUUUAUUACAUCGUCGUAGUACAAAAGUAAUUGAACAACGAAGACAAUUAUUAGAAAUAUAUCUAAAUGAUAUAUUAAGACGAUGUCAACAACAAUCAAUAAUGCCAGAAGAAUUAGGACGUUUUUUACAAAUUCCACCUUAUGAUAAUGAAAAUGAAUUAAAUCAAAAUGAUCGACAACAACAAGAACAAGAUUUGAAUGAUGAUGAAAUGAAAAAUAUUCUUGAACAUGGACCAUGUAUUUCUAUAAGUGAUUAUUGUCCUUGGAAUCACGAUAAUCGAGGUAAGCGAGAGACGAUGAUUGUAAUGCUAAUGGUUCAAGUAGAUUUUUUUCUAGCUACUGAAUCUGCUCGUCGUCAUCGUCGACAGUAUACUGGAUAUGGUUAUGUUCAACAACAAUAUGGUUCACAAUAUGGUCUUUAUAGUCCAGUUGGUCAAAGAUGGAUGAAUAAUCGUUAUUUAAAUCAACAAGAUUCUAAUAUGAAUAAUAAUUUUAAUUCGAAUAAAGGUAAUCAACGUCCUGAAUGGUAUUAUAAUACAGCAUAUGCCAUACAAUAUUCAAUUCUCUGUUUUGUACUUUGUAUAUUAUAUUCUCUUAGUGUUUGA